AUGGUCAUGGAGGAGGGACUGAAGAGGUGCUUAAGGGUUAUCAAAAUGCGGCUGAGAGUCUGUCUCAAGAGAGUGCUUGCCUCUCAAGUACAAGGCCUUGGGCUCAAUCUUCAGCACUCCAUGAUCACGGCACUUCGGAGGGGAAGACAGGAGACUCAGGUGCUCAACAUCAUUCUUGGCUACAGGAUCACCUACCCAUGUGUGGCACCACCCACAAUGAGCUGGGCCCUCCAACACCAAUCAUUACUCAACAAAGGUCCUGCAGACUUGCCUACAGACAAUCUGAUGGAGGCAGUUUCUCAACUGAGGGUCUUCCUAGAUGACCCUUGCCUGUGUCAAGCUGUCAACAACUCUAAAAGGGCAUCUCCUCUUCUUGCCUGCAAUCCCCAAGCUUUGGGUUUUGACAGCAGUGGGGCAGGAAGGCAUUUGCUGGGGAUCCAGGAAAGGCCUGGAGUGCUGAGCCGCCCUUGCGUGCCUGCGUGGACGUGGGCCGCGGUUUCUGCGCCCUUCCGCGAUCAAGCAGGUCACAAGAGCCAGGAGGCCUCCCACACGCUGAACCGCACGCCCCGCCGCUGGUCUGUUCUCUCCCUGGAGGGACCGUUGCUGUUUGAAGAUCUGGAUGUGUAUUUCUCUCAAGAGGAAUGUGUGAGUCUGCAGCCUGCCCAGAAGACCAGUAGCGGAGAAGCCUCGUUGGAGCAUUUUGAGGAUUUGGACUCAACAGGAGGGGAAGACAAGAUUGAGACCAAUCAGCAGUUAAGCCUAGAGUCUAUGGAACUUGAAGAGCUGUCUCUAGAAACGUACUCCAUAGCCUCACCCCUUGUCCACUACUCUGAAAACUCUGAGCAUGACGUUGGAAUGCAUGAAAGGAAGAUGUCAGGUGGAACUUUGACUUGUAAGACCAAGGUUAUAAGCCUCUUAGUUACCAUUGAAAACCAAACCCCAUUAGUAGAAUUAUCUCAGUGUUUAGGAGUCAAAACACUUUCUGAUAUUAUUGAAGUUCCCUGGGAAGAAGCCGCAAAUGUGUACAAGUGUCCUGACUGUGACCAGAGCUUCAGUGAUAAGACAUACCUUGUUUUGCAUCAGAAAAUCCAUUCAGGAGAGAAAAGGUAUAAAUGUAAUACCUGUGAAAAGACCUUCAGUCACAGAGCCAACCUGAGGACACAUAAGAGAAUCCACACUGGUGAGAAGCCUUACAAGUGUACCAAGUGUGCUGCCAGCUUCCGGCAGCAGUCACACCUGUCUCGGCACAUGAACAGCCAUAUAAAGGAGAACCCGUAUACAUGUAAUGUCUGUGGGAGAGGUUUUAUGUGGCUCCCAGGAUUGGCGGAACAUCAGAAGAGUCAUACUGAUAAAAAAUCUUAUGAAUGUGCUGAGCGCGAUCAACCAUAUUGUCAGGAAACAAAUCUGGCUUUGCCUGAAAACACAGGCUCAUCAGACACCCCAUACCAGCACACCCAGUGUGAGAAGAGCUUGGAGCACCCCUCGUACCCUGCUCUCCCUGAGAAGGAGCAUAAGGAGGACUCUAAGAAAUGCAGUAUUGAUGAUGAAGACUUUUUCUCAUUCUCCAGAUUCAAACCCUUACAGUGUCUUGAUUGUGACAUGACCUUUCCUUGUUUCUCGGAGCUGGUUUCUCACCAAACCAUUCACGACAUGGAAAAACCUCAUAAGUGUAAGACCUGUGGGAAAACCUUUGCUUUAGAUUCAGAACUUGCAUCCCAUGAGAAGCAGCACAUCAAAGAAGAACCCUUCAAAUGCACGGUGUGUGGGAAGAGCUUCCGAGUGAACCUGCAUCUCAUCACUCACAAACGAGCCCACAGGAGAAACACCAAGUAAAUACAAGCUUUGCCACUGUGUGAGCUUCUCGGUGUCUUUAUGAUGGGAAACUGCUUAUGUGCAGCAUUGCGCUAAGCAAGCACUUUACACACAUUCCAGAAAAUUCAACUCUAAAUGGACCAAAGACCUUAACAGAAGAACUGAAACUGAAAACGCUAGAGGAAAGGGAAAUCGUGCAGUGAUGUAGGCACAGGGCGAUGCUCUCUGAGUGCUCCAAUUGCUCAGGAAAUACGUUAUCGACAAAUGGGACCUCGUGAAAUGAAAAGAUUGACUUCAUCUGAAAAUAGAAUGAUACCAAAUUCAGAAGCUAGAAAAAUAAUAACUGAGUCUUUGGCUUUUGAAAGUGCCAAUUCACAAUGCAAAAGGGUAAUUAGGCCAUUAAAGAAGCAAAUCAUAAACUAACAUGUCUCUGGGGAAAAUAUUAAAGGUUUAUAAAGAACAGUCCCCGACCAUUCAUGUAGAAGGACAGAGCACAACAGCAGCUGAUCUUUCAAAGGAGAAUGAAGACAUCCAACUGAGGAAUCUGAGGAGCACUGGACAAAUGAUGUAUCUGAAGAAAAGUACAAAUCAUCCAGAGAAAAUGUCCCAAGAAAAAAGAUUAUUGGCCUAUUGGUAUAUCACAUUUCUGAUAAAUCUUUCCAAAAUGUUUGUUCCUGCUGUUCUCUACAUAUAAUACAAAUGGUCUUUUUGUAGCCCCAGUUAAAUUCAAAAUUAAAGCUGGUUUUAGAGUUGGAGAAUGGCUCUCUCUUCUAUAAACCCAAGCAUGCUUGUUAAAGGAAAAUCUAAAUUCUCUGUCUCAUGUCAGAAUAGUCACCUGGUAUGGGGCAGAAAAAAAUAACCCCAAAAUAAAGGGACUAUUCUAUUGCCACUAA